GUUGGAGCGGCCUGACGGCUGCAGCAGGACACGAUGGAGCUGGAAGAUGCAGACAUCCUCCCGCCAGACCUGGACCUGUGGUCCGACGGUUUUCUGGACACCAGCUGGAACAACAGAACAGGAAACUUCACCACGGAGUAUGAAGUGGCUCCUGUGGACGCCUAUCUGGGCCCGGAAGCCUGGGUGGUGCCCGCGCUGUUCGCUAUCAUCGGUGCCGUGGGAGUGUCCGUCAACACACUGGUCAUCUACAUCAUCACCAAAUAUAACGAGAUGAAGACGCCGACGAACCACUACAUCGUGAACCUGGCGGUGGCGGACCUCUCGUUUCUCGUGUUCUGCUCGCCCUUCACGGCCUACAUGUUUGCUACCACCAGCUGGACUCUGGGCAGGAGCAUGUGCAAGUUCGUCUUCUACUUCAUGCAGGUGACCGUAGAGGCAUCCUGUUUCUCCAUGACGUCACUCAGCGUGGACCGGUACUUCGCCAUCGUCCAUCCCAUCACCUCCAUCAACUACCGGACUCCGCGCUCCGCCCUCGUCAUCAGCACCGCCAUCUGGACCGUGGCCCUCCUGGUUUCGUCACCUCUAGCCGUGAACUUUGACCUCACUUACGUAGAAUGGCACACCAAAAACACCUACUGCAUGGAACGCUGGGACAGCCUGUACGGACAAAUGGCCUACUGGAUCAGCAUCAUGGUCCUGACCUACGUGCUCCCCCUAGCGGUGGCCUCAUGGAGCUGCAUGCGGGUUAUCCAGCAGCUCUGGGGCAGCAACGCGGUGUACCCUGGGAUUGAGCAACUGCCCUUCCAGUUCCGACAGAAGGCCCUCCGGAAGAAACGAAAGGUGUGCCUGAUGAUCGUUGCCAUGGCGCUGAUGUUCGCCAUCUGCUGGCUGCCCAACCACCUGAUCGUCCUCUGGCAGGUUCUGGACCCAAAGGGAUUCCCGCGCAAUUUUGCGAUGCACUCCUUCAAGAUCUUCGCGGUGACCUUGACGUACCUUCAGUCCGCUCUGAACCCGAUUCUCUACGUCUUCUUGGGAGAGGCGUUCAGAAAGAACUUGAAGAAGGAGUUCCCUUGUUUCUUCAGGUCAGCUAUAUUUGGCGUUACAAUAUGGGCGUUGCUUUUUUUUCUCAGAUCUAGCCGCGUGGGCUCCAACCGCGAGGCGGGCACCGGCGUGCCCCCGUCUGCUAGCAGGCCGCUGGAGCUUGGGGCCCCGGCUAGCGUGGCGGGCAGGAGCGGCCAUCAGCGGGCAGCGGUGCCGGCCAACCACAACAAGAUCGACCUGGACCUGACGCCGAUGUCCGUGUCCUCCGCCGCCAGUAGCUCAAAGGAACGCCCUCUUGUCAUGCCCAGCACAAGUAACUCCAUACUACUGCGGCGAUCCUCCUGCAAGCCCAACAGAAACCACAAGAUGGCGCGCAUUCAACCUGCGAUUAUGACCAGCAAGGUCUAAACAUGGCAGAUGAGAACAUGUCACCAACUCGGAGUGGAGUUGUGAAGUAUAUUUUUGCAUUGUCAGUUCACCUGUAUCCGCG